AUGGGAUACGCUCCAAGAAAACGGAACAAUUUACUCGUUGAAAAAAUAGUUAUCAAACCAAUCAAAAAACCGUUCCCAAUAGACAACUGGUUCAUUGCAGUUAUCACAAUUUAUGAAGUUUUUUGUAUCACUACAAUAGUUUUUGUAGUUAUAGAUGACUAUCAAAAAGUCGAUGGGUUAUCUGGAUCUGACAUUGAUAAUGUUGGAGUUUGUCUGGCAUACCUCUUUUCUAAUGCAGGAAUUUCGGCUCUUCUGACAGCUUUUUUCUGUUUUCGGCUCCCGCAAAACCACUUUAAAAUCGGUUUUUAUUAUACAAUUCUUCAAUGGUUUCCCCUCACUGUCUGUAUAUUUAUAUUUAAUCAACAGCUUUUCUGUGGAUCCAAGGCCGAUCUAUUGAAAAGAAAAUUCAUCUUCUCUUUCCAUGCCCAAUUCUUCACUAUUCCGCUUCUCAUCAUCAAUACUUAUAUCAGUGCUCUGGCUUUUUUAAUAAUUAGCAAGCUCCGCCCAGAAUACGACGGAGAUGAUCUGUAUGAAGUAAUAUAUGGAGGAGAGGGUAGUUCGACAAAGAAAAUUGAUGUUUAA